UGCAAGGUCUGAAGGCUCAUACGGCUUUUUCCUGAGGACGGCGGCAGUAUGGUUGCUCUAUCUGGUCGAGCACAGUUUGCAAUCGCGACACGCGCGUCAGUGAUAACGAGGCUCGACUCCAUUGAUCAUGAUUUCGGCCUUCGGCUCUUUAACGCUCGCUUUCGCUCUUGUUUCCUCGGCAAUUCCAUGUUGCCACGGGAAGAGCCUCGGUCAACUGGUGGAGGAAUUUGAGGACAUCGAGGAUGAGCGGAGGGACUUGCUCAAGGAUUCCCUGAAAACUAUCGAAGUCACCGAGAACCAGGAAGCAGUGAGGUAUCUGGUUCGUCUGGCAGAGGCACAUGUAACCUUGGCCAGACUCCGGAGAUACUUGCAGGCCGCAGAAAAGGUCCUGUACGCUGCCCACUCGCUCAGAUCGGAGCAUGGACUCCCAGAUGUUAGAGUAACGGUCGCCAAGAGUAGAAUCGAGAAUGAUGCCCUGAGAAACCUUUUGUCGAAGCUGUCGAAAAUCUAUUCCGAAACGAGUGACAUUCAAGUUUGGAGCAUGCCGUACAUCGUGCGAGGUUUAGUACUGCCAGUUGCUCGCGCUUUCAUUCACAGUGAAGAAAAACUCCUGGAAGUAAUCGUGAAAUUCCAGUCCGAGCUAAGUCGUGCCACCGAAAAGAAAAGCAUCCUCCUGGUCAAUUGACCGAUCCCAGAUGACCACGACUCCAUUGAUUUUUCCUCCAUAUUAAAACAUGUUCUGGAAAUCUUUGAAAUACAUGCA